AUGUUGCAGGUUGACGAGAAGCAAUGGAUUAACGUACAGCAGAAGACCUUUACCAAAUGGCUCAAUGAUAAGCUGAAGGUUCGAAAUGUCUUCAUUGACGAUCUGGUGGUGGACCUGUCGACCGGGGUAAUCCUCAUCCACCUCCUCGAAAUCCUCGGCGCCGAAUCCCUCGGUCGAUAUGCCUCGAAUCCCCGGUUACGGGUCCAGAAGUUCGAAAAUGUCAACAUCUCUCUCGAUUUCAUUAGGGGCCGGAGAAUCCAGAUGACCAACAUUGGUGCGGAGGACAUCGUCGACGGCAAUCGGAAGAUCAUCCUGGGUUUGAUCUGGACCCUGAUUUUGCGAUUUACUAUCAGCGAGAUCAACUCGGAGGGUUUGAGCGCUAAGGAGGGUCUUCUGCUGUGGUGUCAGAGAAAGACGGCGUGCUACGAUGGGGUGGAGGUCCGCGACUUCUCCUCGAGCUGGAACGACGGUCUGGCAUUCUGUGCGCUGCUGGAUAUCCACCGACCCGACUUGAUCGACUACGAUUCCCUCGACAAGAAAGACCACCGCGGCAAUAUGAAGUUGGCCUUCGAUAUCGCAGCCAACGAGAUCGGGAUCCCAGACCUCCUCGAUGUGGACGACGUCUGCGAUGUCCCCAGACCCGAUGAGCGCUCCCUCAUGACCUACAUCGCUUACUGGUUCCAUGCGUUUUCCCAGCUGGAGAGAGUCGAAAACGCCGGUCGCCGGGUUGAAAAGUUCAUCAACAACAUGCACGGCGCAUGGGAGAUGCAGAACUCCUACGAGCAGCGCAUGAGACAGCUCUUGCGCACGAUCAAAGACCAGCGCGAUCAUUGGCAAGAUUCUUCGUUUGAAGGCACCUACAAGGACGCCAAGGACCAGGCCUACCAGUUUUCCCUGUACAAGCGGAACCAGAAGCGGCAGUGGGUGGCCGAAAAGUCCGACCUCGCGGCCCUCUUGGGCAACAUCAAGACCAAACUGAGCACCUAUCGCCUUCGCCCUUACGACCCGCCGGCGGAGUUGACUCCGGAUGCCUGUGACCAGGCGUGGGAGGGCCUGACGCGGGAUGAGCACGAGCGGAGCCAAUUGAUCAACGAAACGAUUCGCGAUAUCAAAAAUGCCCUGCGCCGCUCCUUUGCCGACAAGGCCAACGACUUUGCAUUGACCCUCAAGACCUUGUCCCUGGCAAUCUCAGGCCUCGACGGUGAUGUCGAAGACCAACUGGCCCAUGUGAAGCGCCUCAACGACAACCUGCCCCCGCUCGAUGCGUUCUUGGAUACGAUCGCCGCGCUGGACGAACAGUGUGCCGAAGCGAACAUUGAAGAGAACGAUUACACCACCUACACCCUCGACGAACUCUCCUACGAGCUGAGCUUGGUCAAAUCGAGCAUCUCCAAGAAGCUUGCCUUCCUGGACAACCAGCUGGUUGCGCGCAAUAUGACGAACUUGACCCCCAUCCAGCUGGAAGAGUUCGAAUCCGUCUUCCGCCACUUCGACCGUGAUGCAUCCAACACCCUUCACGAACUUGAAUUCUCGGCUGCGCUUGCGAGUCUCGGCCUGGUGUAUGAUGAGGACGAGAUGCACGAUGUGUUUGUGGAGACCUGCGGUCCGCUGCGUCUCCAGCAAAACGCCGGUGUCAGUUUCGAGCAAUUCAUCCGCUUCAUGGUCAGCGUGACCGAGGACCAAAAUACCGCGGAACAGGUCUACCAAAGUUUCCGCGAAGUCGCAGACGGCAAGCCAUAUGUCACGGAACUGGACCUGCGCCACUCGCUCAUCCCCGACGAACUGAUCGAACAUCUCGUCCAGACGAUGCCGCAACACCAAGGACCAGACCUCCUCGAGGACCGAGAACUCCAGAAGUACGACUAUAUCAGCUUCAUGGAGAAGAUGAUGGAGAACAACGAGAAUUCAAGUCAGGCGUCCGCCAACGGGGGAGAUUAA